AUGAGUGAUGAAGAUGAUGAUAUAAUGGAGGUCCAACAACAACAGCAGGGACCUCAACUUCAACAACAACAACAUAAUCAACUACCAGUGUUCCCUCCACAGCAGCACCCUCAGCAGCCACAGCAGCAACAACAACUUAAUCAACAUCUCCAAAAUCUUCAACACUUUCAUCAACAACAACAACAUCAGAAUGUAGUUGAUAGGAAGAGAAAGGAAGAGGAGAUGGAUGAUGGGGAGCAAGAUGAACCAGAGUUUGUCGAGAGCGAUGAUGAGGACUAUAUCGAGGAUGUUGAGUACAUCAACAAUAACAACAACAAUCAAGAGUUGGGCGCCGGCGGAAGAGCAAUGAUGAUGGAGGGUCAUCCAAUCCAAAUGAUGCAGCGUCACCAUCACCUGCACAGACAGGAGGUUCAACAGAGGAAGCAACAGAAGCAGCAUCUGGGCCACCAGAGACACCAGCCCGACAUCUUUGACGAGGAGGCAAUGGACAGGAAGGGCGCUCCAAAGGCCCAAAACAGGGCCGCUCGACGAGCAACUCGUGGUCACCCCCUGAUGGUGCCCCAGAGGCGUGGUGGCAGAGACGGUGCUCAUUUCCCACUGGACGCCCCAGACGAUGGCCCUGGCUAUCUUGACUUGCCACAUGAGCGACCGGAGCGAGGCUUCCCCAACAAGAAGAUCCUCAUGGCUGAGUGGAGUGAGAUUAGGAACAUCGUACUGGUACAGCCACAGGCGCAAGAGCAACCAGGUGUGCCUGCACAGAUUCGUGGUCCACCAGUUGAUCUCGCUCAAUUACUCUAUUCCCAGAACAACAACAACAACAACAAUAUUAUCGAUCUGACCGAUGAUGUUGGCAACAACAACAACAACCAAUACCUUGGUGGCAACAACAACUAUAAUGGCAACAUCAAGUUCAGCACAUCCUUCUCAGUCAUCGACACCAAACAACAGAACCACUACAGGUUUAACAUUAAUUUGAUAAACAGUGGCGAUUGUCUGGUCAAGGUGCAGGACAACAACAACAACAACAUGGUGGAGGCAUUCUGCAAGAGCUGCAUGGACUGCAGCAUCAACAACAUCGACGGCGUUGUCAUUUUGCCCACCGAUCAACACCAGGACAACUUAGAGCGUCUGCUCGCCUCCAUUCCACACAUUGAUCGAUUCUUUGAAUGUGGCGUGCGACUGGCCGUCGUCAUCACGCAACAGGGCGAGUCACGCGAGGUCUGGGAGAACAGAUGCCGAGCAAUGAAGGAGCAGGUUUCUGCAGCCAAGGACAACAACCAGUCCAAGAUCAGGAAUGUGGAGUUCCUGUUCCUGGCCGCAGGCGUGGAGAGGAUGCCAGCGCAAGUCGCUACAAACGUCCAGGAGUUCCUUUGCCAGCCAAAGGACUCCAGGUCGCUGCAAGCAUUCCUUGCACCAUGGGGACUUCCUGUUGUUGGCGCGCAACAACAACAGCCCCAUCAUCAGGAUAAUCAGCAACCUCAACAACAACCACAGCCACAACAACCACAACCACAACCACAACAACGUCAACAACCAAGACAGCAUCGUCAACAACAGCGUCAACCCCGUGAUGCAGAGAUGGGAGUGGACAACGACGAAGUCAAUGACAACAAUAACAAUAACAACAACAACAACAACAACAUGGUUGGAGGACCAGAACGAGGUGGUAUGCAUCGUGAUAUGGAUGCAGCACCGAUCAGAGAUGUGGUGGCACCAGACGUACAGCAACAACAAGAGAUAACCGUGCAGAUCGUCACGUUCUCCCUUCCAAACAAGCCGCUCUAUCAAGAGGGUCUGUUGUAUGGCUCGUUCAACUUUGCCCAGGAGACGAUAUCGUGGCACCUGGCCAAGAAGGACAGGGUCAUCAAGUACGCCUUCAACGAUAUGAAGAGUGUCGAGGUGUUCAAGGGCCACCGCGGCGUCGAGCUGGUGUUUGUGCUGCAGCCAAGUCCGCCAGAGCACGAAGCCUUCAUGACAACGAUGACGACCAUCACCAAGCACUCUGUUCACAUCAUGGACGACGACUGGAAGGUCUUUACCAACAAGCUGAAAGACACGCCUUUCAAUGUGAUGCUGGAGGAGCUGCAGCGCAAUCUUGCGGCCAAGGGCAAGUUCCACACCAAGGUGAUCUGGGAUCGCUCGCAGCACACCUUCCUGCCCACCAUGGACUUUGUGCCAAUGGUCAAGUCAUUCAUCGAGCGCACUGAGUUUGACGACAAGCUCAAGAACUUCUUCAUUCAGAAUCUAAUCAACAACUACAACUCGCGCGAGAACGAUGAGUCCAUGGCCUACCUCACAUCAGAUGACCUCCAUCAGAAGUUAUCCAACAACAAGACAUUCCCAUUAUUUGCUUUCUAUAUCCUCAUGAGGAUUGACAAUAUGUUGAAUGAUGGAAUCAAACAUAAGGACACAAUCUUUCAAACAAUGUUUAUGGAGUUGCUCAAUGUUGGUGGAAUGAUGAUGUUGCACUCUGACCUCAAUGAGGUGUACAUUCGCUUCUUGGACAGGAAUUAUGACGACUUGAAGAUCAGCGUCGGCAUGCUCACAUACUUUGGCAUCAGCUACUUUGACUUUGAGGCUGCUGACCAGGGUCCCGAGGACGACAGAUUCCUCCACAAGAUUAUCGCAUUCGCCGACAAGAACAACACCUUGGACACAGACAACACCUUCACCGUCUACAAGCGUCUGCGCUCCAAGAAGCUAUUCUUGGAGACACUCACCAUUCACUCUGGUAUCAUGGAUAAGGAGAUCCAAGACAAUCAAUCAUUCAAGCGCAUCUACAAGUUGUUGACCAAGUUUGUUAAGGUUACACCACUAAUCUACAAAGACUUUGGCAAGAUUGUCAUGUCGUUGGAACCAAAUGAGGAUAUAUCGCCAGAGAUGAUCAUUCACAGGUUUAUGUUGGCGUAUGAACUGAGCUUAUUUGACAACACGCCAAGAAUCUCUUACGGCAAGUUGUUCUUCUUGGGCCUCUGUGUCGAGAGGAAUAGUUUCAUCAAGGAGUUCUACGCACCCAAGAAGAAGGCGGUCACUGCCAACAUCCAGUUGUACAUUGAAAAUGAGAUCAAGAGGAACAGGGACUUAAGGCAAAUCUUUAGCAUGUUGAACGACCCACACGUCUCUUGGAUGUACAGCGACAACAUACUCAAGUCAUUGGCAGAGCUUGACCUGCCACCCCCUGUCAAAGUGGAAAUCUUCAGUUGUGAUCCACACAGUCGAGUGAUCUCCCAGCUGCAGUCCUACAUGCUACAGAGGUUCCGAAUGGAGGACUAUGCCCUGAUCUCACUCAACUGUCCAUCACAGAACAUAACACUUCGUGAUCCACAAAACAUGAGAACAAGCUACCAUGUAUUGAGUGUUGUGUCAGAGUAUGAGGUAAUCUUUAGACAACACAAUCCGAAUGUAGUCUUGAACGUUGACACGCACAAGCGUUACCACGACCUUUGCAAGAUCAUUGUGGAGCGAUACAUUCAGCUCAAGGACAAGCCCGUGACAAGCUUGUUUGAUACCUAUCCACAGAGGAUACCCGCCACCCUGCCAUUCAUCCUCUUGUUCACUCACUACUUGGAGUACCUUGUGAGUAUGCCACGCUACCAGAUCUACUCUGUGUUUGGCAAGUUGGCUUCGCUGCGCACCGAGAUCAAGAUAUGGAGGAGGGACUCGGAUCAGUACGCUGAACGCGCCACCAGAUUCAAGGACAUGAUAUAUGCCCGCUGCCAAGUGCUGAUCAAGCAGUGGAAGGAGGAGCACACCGACGAGUACGACACGCUGAACGGCAUCCUGAUCAAUGCCUACCAGGUCAGCAACCUGCCCACCUCCAAAGAGUUGAACAUCAAAUACAACCGCGAGAUGAUGGAGCUGAACAGUCUGAGGAAGCUGGGUGACUGGCUGUCCAAGCAGUUCAGCUUUGGGAUUGAGGGCCUGCACGUCGACACCAACGAGGAGCAGCCAUCCACUCAGAACCAACGUUUGCACAACCUGUUCCUGACGCUUACAUCAGAGACUGGCUUCAAGUUGCGCUCACCCGACACGGUUCACUUCCUCAAGUACUUCCUGUCGACUGAGCACAAUGUCUUCUUUAAGAUCAUCGUCGACUACUACCUCCACAAGCUCAACACCAAGGACAUUGACAAGAUCGCCAACAGCGCCGAGUCGUUUAUGAAUCAGUUGAUCAAGCAGGACGAUAGCAUCCCACUCAAUGAGAUCUUCCGUCGCGUCAUUGCCGCCAAGGACAUCAACUACACCAAGGAGCUGCAGAACGUGUUCCUGUACUUCAACCCCGACGGCAAGGUCGAUGACAAGGACAACCGUUUGAACAACUUCAUCACCAAGGCCACGUCACUCUAUGGCAUUGAGUCCAACAUCAACUUCCUGUUCAACUUCAUCGAGAACAACCUCAACUACGUCUCAGUGACCCAGUUCAAUGAGGUCAAGACCAACAUCAACAAGCAGCUGGCACUAGUGUCCAAGCCCGACAUGACGAUUCGCAAGUCCCAACAGAUCUUCACCGCCAUUACCGAGUUGAUUGGCGGACUCAACUACCAUCAGCUGGCGUACUUCAAGUACAUCAACCCAGAGUUGAUUGAGUUCUUUGCCUCGUUCAAGGAUAUCGUCACCACCAAUCAGAUCAUCACGUCCAACCUCAUCUCUGAUGAGUACAACUCCAGUCUGAUGAACAACACGAUCCAUUCGCACACGCUUCUGUACCCAUUCAUCCGUCGCUACCAAGACGCCAAGGAGGCCAACUUUGUGCUGGAUCACCUCAACUACCCAUCGCUCACUGCCAUGUGUGCCUCCCUCACCAAUCUGAUACCCACCGAUCAUCAUGACCUCGAGACAGCAUUCAAGAAACUCAACUAUGUUGUGGAGAACAUGUCUCAUGUGCGAGGUCUCUACUCGUCUGCUGGAGGCACGUACAACUCCGAGUCGAUCUUGCCCACGGUUGUCAACAUCCUCAAGGGCUCGGAGUACACCUCCAAGAGCUCCAAGAGCGAGGACGGCCUUGUUGGCUGGAAUGUCAAGAUCGUCUCAACAUCGGUCGAGUUCACUCAAGAGAAGAUCGAGGAUUUUGUCCAGGGUCUAAAGAUCAGCUCCACGAGCAACAACGUCGCCAAGGACGACCAGCAUCAAACUGUCGAGGUGUUUGGCAUCAUCGUCAAGCUACUGCGCAGGAUCCAUCAUCUGCACGGUGAGCUGGACCGUGUCUACCAUCCAAACCACUUCAGCGGCUCGCUCCAGUUGCAGUUCUCCAACGACACGCUGGACCUACUGCGAAACACUGUCAAGAGACUGGAGGAUGAUCUCAGCGGCUGGAUCGACUCGAUCAACAAGCUUCCCAGACGUCUCUGGCUGCUCAAGGCGCACGGCAUGUCGUCGCUUAUCUCUGACUAUGAGAACAUCGUCGCCAAGCAUGCUGAUGUGAAGCACAUCCCGCCAACCGCCCUGAUUGAGUUUGUCUAUCCUUAUGUUGCCUAUGUCUUUGGCAACUGUGGCAUCACCAGAGCCACACUUGAGUCGCUCAUACUCCAGGACCACCCAGUCACGUCCAAGGUACCCUACACGCAGUUCUUGACCGAGCUGGUCAGCAUCAUUGAGGAGCACGAGGACUUUGACGAGCCGAGAUCCACCGACAUUGGUCCAAUGCUGGUCCAUCUCGAUACUAAGUCCAGCCUGUACAAUGUUAUAAUGCAGCUCAACAACUUCAUCGCGCCUCACCCUCACCAGCUGUUCUACGCCCACACCUUUGCCAAGGACAUUGAGUACUUCUUCAAGGUGGUGGAGCACAUGCGUGGCUACAUCUUCUUCCUCAUUGGCAUCCCAAGGGAGAAGGACAGACUGAUCCAAUGGCUGUCUGAGCACUACAGCAAUCAGACCAUCAAGAACCUGGCACGGGUCUACAUUGUCUCAACAGAGACCAGUCUGAGCAGCGACCUCUGCGCCUUCCUGCCACAGUACUCUCAGAACUUUGUCAAGGAGUGGCGUGGCUUCAAGGAGACCUGGACCAAGACCAAGGCAUCGUGUGGCAUUGAGUCACUCAACCUUGUGUGUGGCGAUAGUGGCACCGGCAAGUCCUACUUCAUCAAGUCCAAGAAGACUGACAAUGUUCCAUUCAUCACUGUCCCCAUUCAUCCAAGUUUCGACUCCCGAGCACUGAUCAAUCAUCUCACCAACCACAUGAACCAAACUGGCAUUGAUGUCAACAACAACAACAACAAUGCACCAGUAGCUGCUGCACCCAAGAGCCCGGUUUUCAUUGGAGGAAAGAAGAAGUUGGUCGUUCACUUCUCUGUGUCACCCUACUGCGACUUUGACAGCUUCAAUCAGUUCAUAUACCCAUUGAUCACUGCUGGAUUCGUCAUUGGCAGUCGUGUCGGAGAGAUCAUCUAUAUCGCCGACAAGCUGCUGCUCGAGAUCUACGUCGAGUGCGGCUCUCCUUUGCUCGAUGGUCGCAAGUAUGACAACGUAAUGGAGUACGCCCGUGAGACCACACCACUGGUAGUCAACCUGGCCGACCUGGCCGACCACACCAAGGUGCAGUGGCUGAUGACUGCCGUCGAGAGGAAGUGUUUCUCCUACGUCAACAGCAACCCAUAUCAGAAGCCCGCCAUUGAUCUGGCCAAGAAGGUCACCAUGCAGGACUACCUCCAGUACAUCACCACCAAGGUGUUGGUGCCGCUGGGCUACCACACCAAGUUCCUGGUGCGCCCCAACAACCUGCUGCAGCGUCGCUGCUUCAUGAAGCUACUGAACGAGCGUCUGUUGUUCCUCGACGCCUACUUUGACACGUACGCCGAGAUUGGUCUGCAGGAUAUGGUCGACGAUGAGAAGCACACCGACUUCCAGAAGGACUACAUGCAGCCAGCCGAGUUGUACAAGUACUUUGUGCUGGAGGCAGUCAAGUUCUCAGAUCCCGCCUAUUCAAGUGCCGAGACCAUCUGGAACGACCCACCAAUGAUCACCUCGCGACUCAAGCACAACCCCAAGACAGUGGCGGUUGAGUAUCUCGAGUUUGCUCCCAAGCCACAGCUCACUGGACGUGUCAAGUCCACCACACUCAAGGAUGCUUUGGAGAACCCAGGCAAGUUCAGAACGAUCAUUGCCAACAUCUUUGGCAUCCACUCGAGAACUGAGAUCAUCAUCAACCUGUGCCAUCAGUACAACUACGUGCUCACACCAGACUUUGGCAUUCGUCUGUUGAUGCUGCACAACAAGGUCAAGAACCAGAGAUCGCUUGUUCUCACUGGAGACACAGGAGUCGGCAAGACAUUCAUCCUGUUGUUCUACUCACUGCUCAUCAAUGCCAAGAACAACGCAUUGCCAGACAUUCUUGCCAAGAUCCGAGAGGAGAUCAACACUAUCAUCAAGAACAAGCCCGACUUCACUCUCAAGGGCGACUUCCAAGACAAUAAGCUGACGGCCGACUCUUCCACCAUCCAGAUUCUUGAGGCGCUGACACAGCUGGUCGACAGCGAGGUCAACCAAGCAGGCCAGACAGCCAUCUUCAACCGCUUCGAGACCCUCUUGUCCCAAAUGCUCAGAUCAUUCCCUCUGAUUGAGUUCCCCAACACUGGAGUGCUGCAACAGAUCAGGAGGAGGAUAUCCCCACUGAUGUCCACUGUGAUUAACAGGAAGGACCGUCUGUUGGAGGCUGUGAAGGAGAUCUCCAACGCCACAUUCAAGAACAUCUUCCAUCGCAUUAUUAUGCAUCAGAAAUUCUCGGCCAAGGCGUUCAAGUUGCUGGUGCAGGGCUACAUGAAGGAGGCCAGACAACUGCGACAGGACCAACAUCUCAAGAUGGUGAUCUUUAUCGAUGAGUUUAACACCAGUCCUGACGAGACGCUGUCCAUCAUCAACGAGAUCUUUGUCGAUGGCACGCUCGAGGGUGAGGAGAUCCCAGAGAGCAUCUUCUGGAUCGGCGCCAUGAACCCGCCCAAGAAGAUCACAGACCCAUCAUCGGUCGACUACACUGGCCAGCUGACGUCCACCAGCAACCUGGCGUUUGUCGUCCAGCCACCCCCACCCUCCAUGGUCAACCUGUUCCUCAACUAUGGCGAGUUCACCGUUGAGAAUGAGAAGUCGUUCCUCACCACCUUGUUUGGCAUGCGCACUGACAUCUGCAAGGAGCACUCGUCCGAGGUGCUCAGGGACUUCAUCAUCAUUGGCCAGAACGCAUUGCGUCAGGCCAAUCAGUCCCGUACACAUGUCUCCAUCAGAGACAUCAACAGAGUGAUCGAUCUCUAUCAGUUCUUCACACAGACACCAGUGGGCCAGAGCAUCCUCACAUGUGCCAACCCAACGCUCAUGUCCAAGGAGGACCAGAGUGCAGGUUUCGGCCAUUGGCUCGCCAUUGUCUGCUCCAUCGCCUUCACCUACUACAUCAGAGUGCCACCUGGAGUGGUCCGCGUCAAGCUGUUGGAGCUGCUCAACAAGUUCUACGUCAGCAAGGCUGCGCCCAUGGUUGUCCAGCGCUAUCCCAACUUUGAGCGUCUGUUCAAUCACAUCUACACGCAGUUCUGUGACAAGAGACACACUAUCCUACCCGAGGGCAUUGCGCUCACCGAGUCGUUGAAGCUCAACAUCUUCUGCACGGCCAUUUCAAUCAACUGCCGCAUCCCCCUGUGCAUCGUCGGUCCACCAGGUUGCUCCAAGACGCUGAGCUUCACAAUCGUCAUGAACAACAUGAACGCCAACAAGCUGGUCGACAGGAUCAACAACAGCUACGUCUCGCCCUGGUCGCUGAUGACCAAUGCCGAUCCCUUCCGCUACCAAUGCACACCGCACACCACCGAUAUUGAGAUCCACUCGGUGUUUGAGCGUUCUCUCAACCGUCAGAAGACCUACGACAUGUCUGGAGGCAAGAACCGUUGUGUUGUCUUCUUCGAUGAAGCCGGUCUGGUCAAUGAGAACGACUCGCCCAUGAAGAUUAUGCACGACUACCUCGACAAGGUCUCACAAAAGAUCGAGCAGAACAGUGUAGACAUCUCCGUGAUCAUCCUGUCGAACAAGGUGCUGGAUGCAGCCAAGACCAAUCGUAUGCUGCUGUUGUUGCACCCCUCGACUAUCACAGACGACGACCAACGCGCACUUGUCACUGGCUGUCUGUUCAACAACGCCACACUCUCCUCAGUGGAGAAUGACAUGUCCACAGCACUCUGUCGCGCAUUCCUCAAGGCCAACACCUAUGCCAAGAGCACCAAGACAGACCUCUUCCAUCAACGUGACUUUGUCUACUUCCUGCGCCAUCUUGCACGUGGAAUCAAUCGCAACAACGGUGUGUUCAAUGGCGAGGUGUUGCUCAACUCCCUCGAGCGCAACUUUGGCGGUGUUCCACCUGCCCAGUUCAAGCAGCUGGCCACCGAGUUCUUCACCGAGCUUAGCCACAUUGAGCAUCUCAACAUGAAGACUGCUCUCGAGUCUGGCCUGCUCGAGCACAACAACACCAUCACACGUAUCAAGGAGUCGCUUAGCGAGACGCUGGACCCCAAGCAAGAUCCCAACAUCGUGCCAUUCCGAUACAUGAUGCUCAUCGAUCCAUCCGAGAAUGAGUCAUCGCUCAUGAUCCUCAACGAGCUUGGCAUUAAUGUCAGUGUCAUCCGUGUUGGAGGCUUCGAGAACGACUCUACCACCGAAGCACUGGUCAACGUUGUGUCACAGAUCAAGAACGUGAUGGCGUCUGGUGGCACGGUCGUCCUUGUCAACACACAGUUGAUCGAUGCCUGUUUCUACGAUGUGUUCAACAGGUACUUCACCCUGCUGCCCUCAGCCGAUGGCUCAAUCCACUUCAUUGCCAACGUGUCCUUUGGCACACACUCGAUCUUCUGCCCCGUGCACCCCGAGUUCAAGAUCAUCGUUCACUUGCCACUCUCACAGAUGUCAUCAACACAACUUCCAUGGCUCAACCGCUUUGAGAAGUAUCAGUUGUCCAUUGACACCAUGCUCGACUACUAUGUCGAGAACGACGAGCAGCUGAGGAAGUGGACAGACUUUGUCGACAAGAUGAAGAAGUCCGCAUCGCACUUUGUCAACGAGUUCCACAACAAGGUCACGAACAAGUCUCUGCUGUCUGGUUACUCCGAGACCGAGACCAUCCCAUCGCUCGUGUUCUCCAUCGCCAAGGACAUCAAGCGCAAGGGUGUUCCCGUGAUCACACCACAGCGUGUGUCCGACCAGCAGCUGGACAAACAGAACCCCACCGAGGACUUUGAGUUCCGCCAGCUCAACUGGAAGAUCCUGCAGGUGGCCAGACCCGAGAGCAUAUUCAAGUGUCGCUCGCUGCCUCGCUCCUACAUCGAGGAGUACCUGCUGCGCCAGGAGCAUUUUAACAUCCUUCGCUUCCUCAAUCACCUCUUCACAAAGAGGAUCGUGCAGGGCAGCAAGGACAUCUCGAAUAAGUGGACCUUCUUCACCAGGACAUCACUCACACUUCAUCGUCUCAAGGACUCUGAUCACUUGGACAAGUUCCACAAGAUCCUCCUGAACACCAUCUUUGAAGCCAACCCCGACUUGAUGCAGACCAACCUGUUGCGUAUCAUCCAGCUCAACAGCUUCAAGACCAGCCACAAGUGCCACAAGGAGAUCGAGGACUUCAAGCAAUCCAGCCAGCAGAUCUGCAUGAUCAUUGCAGACAUGUCCACGGUCAACCAGCACCAGUUCAACUUCAUCGUUGAGCGUCUGUCCCAGUUUGAUGACUCCAAGCUCAUGAUCAUCAUCUGCCAUUAUCCACCCGAGUUCUCCUUGUCCAACAACACCAAGCUGAACGCCAUCUUCCUCAACAACAUGGAGUUCAUCUAUAUCGACUCGCUGGGCGUCAAGAUCGACUCUCAAAAGAUGGAGCAGGCCGACAACCACGUGGACGUAGACAUCCGCACGUGGCUCGCCAAGGCCUUUGGUCUGCAAGUACACAUUGACCCUGAAUCACUCGAAGAGACCUUCAAGGAGAUGUUCUUUGAGCAUCUCGGCCAGGUUGCCAUGGACGUCGGUCGCCUGAACAUGUUGACUACCAACAUGCAGGAGCGCCAGUUCUAUUUGGAUCCCGCAGCGAGGAAGCAGUUCAUCACCAAGCUGUUUGAGAAGCACCCAACAUGGUACCGCGAGGUCAUCAUCAAGUUCUCCAAGAAGUGGAACGAAAAGUCAUUGUUCAGCAGGAUCAUCAACAACAUCUCCACUCUGAUCCUCUCGGGUAAGAUCGUGCAGUCGUUCCUCGACUCGAUCAAGAACUCCAUGUCGUCGUUCUUCUACCCCAUGGUGUCGCAGAUCUUCAAGCUGCUCACCAACUAUGGCUCGUACGGUGUGAUCUCGCAGAUCACCGUUGAAAACACACUGCUCGUGGACCUGGUCCGUCUGUUCAUCGCCUCUGUCAAGGUGCCCAAGAUCUCGGACGACAUUGAACGCCGCUUCGAGCCCGUCACCCUGUACCUAUCGAUAUACCGCCAAGCGCCCAAGCUGCCUUUGUACGACUCGAUCGCCACAGUCAUCAAGUCGCUCUUUGAGCAGACACUCAACCUCAACCCCGAGCGUGGUGUCGCGCACAUCUUCAAGAAGUUCACCGAGCGCGUCAAUGCACACCCCAUCCGCCAGCUGGUCGCCUACAUCGACAAGUCGAGCGAGUUGUACAACUACUACCAACACGACUACGUCGUUAGGACCAUGCGUUUCACCGACCCCCUCUGGAUGGACUUUGUUGUCACGGUGCUCAAGAACAUCUUCCCGCUCAGCUCCAACUCGAUCCUAUUGUUCACCGUGAGCAAUCACUUCUACUUCAACACGGUGCACUACCUCAAGAGUAUUAGCACUCCAUUGAUGUACCUAGAUUUCGACAUCAACAUCCAGGGCCAGCUCAGCGAGCAGCUCACCAACGAGAACCUGCAGGACACGACCAAGGCCAAGACGGCCAUCACCAUGCUGGCCUUCAAGACAUUGUUCAUGAUUAUCAAGAACAAGAUCGACCUCAACGAUGACGCCCUAAUGGACAAGAUCUCCAACUGGUGCACGGUCGUGCGCGAGAUCCUCAACCAGGUGACCAUUGAACAACUCACAAAGAUGUCCACGCCGCAAGUCCUGCCAUUCACCACGUUUGUGUUUGUCCUGUUCAAGGUUCUGAUGAGCGCGAGCAUUGACAACAAGGAGGACACUAUUCUCCGAGUUGUCAAGCUGAUCAUCAGCUCGUUCAGCAUCGUCACGAUGCAGCCCAAUGACCUGGUCACACGAUUCAUUUCCCAAUUCUCCACGCUCAAUCGCACGCUUGCCAAGGACAAUCUGCCACAGCUCAGCGUCACAUGUCUCAUGGACUGCAUCGAGCCAUUCAUCACACUGUCCAAGGCCAACAUUGAGGCAUUCCUCAAGGUGUGCAACAAUGGAGGCAUCGACGAGUCGAUGGUAAUGCCCAUGGGUUGGUACGCCCAGAUCUUUAAGAAUCUGUUGGACAACAGCUACAACCACAACAAGGAUCGCUUCAACGAGUUAAUGUUGAAGGAGCUGCAGGUCAAGGCCGACGCCAUCACCAACCCCAUCUUCUUUUGCUUCCAGCAAGAGGCCAAGGGUGUGCCCUCUGAAAACAUCCUCAAGUUCCUCGACGUCACACCUGCCGAGUACAUGCAGCACGCACCCAAGAACUGCAACAUGGUCAACUCAUUGUACUUUGUCUGUUUGGAGAUACUGCGCGAGGAGGACAAGGGCAGCAAGCCACCCAAUAUCACUGAUCGCAUUGGAUUGUGGAACAAGCUCAAGACCGAACGCGAUAUCAUGUCCACGAUCAAGAUGUUGGCACUGGCCACACUCUUCCUUGACGUGCUCGCGACGAUGAUCAACAACGAUCAGAUCGCCAAGACCAAGACAUUCUUUGAGAACAACAAACAGUUUGCCGCGAUCAUUAAUGACAUCCUGCUCGUACCAGCCAACCCCGCGCUCAAGGCAAAGAUCGAGAAGCACUACUUCCAGAUGUACGUGCUCAACAAGAUCAAGUCCGAGAAACUUUUGAUUGAGCUACUGAGGUCUGGCGACUUCUUGGACUUAGUGGGCAUGUCCAACUGCUUGGUAGUCCAAGAUCUGUCCAUGAAGGAGUCAUCUCUGUUCCACUUUGUCAUUGACGAUUCCACCGAGGAUGGCAAGUUCUACAACGAUAUCAAGUUGGCGCUGGAGGCCAAGAGCCGACCAAGGAUCGACCAGCUCGUUCAGCAAAGUCGCGGCAACCCGCGCGCCCUUGGUUUCUUCAGGAUGUCAAUGUUCCUGCUCACAUACCAGGCCUACACCGACGAUGCGCCAAUGGACUUUAUCAAAACUCUCGUGCAGCCUGGCAGCACAUUCAAUGCUGCCCUCGAUAACGAGCCAUUCUCCAAGUACUUUAUGAAGAUAGUCAACAAGGACUUUGAUGCGCGUGUCAAGCAUCUCGACGACAUCCUCAUGAAGAAUCCGCAGAAGCCCAAGGAACUCUACGUCAACGCGCAACUGCUCGUCAACUCUCUGGCCGCAGCCAUCGGUGCCGCCGACAACAUGUAUCUCUACCAUCUGGUGCGUGACUUCAAGUUGAUCGCAGGAAAGUUCUACCCCGCGUGCGAGUUCUACUUCCGUGACUGUGGUAUGAUCUACCGUUGGGAGCAGGCUCAAGAGAUGCCCGUCACCUGUAUGAAGGGCAAUAUAGUCUACAAGUAUCUGAUUGCCGCCACCUCCUGGGCCGCCUUCACAUGGACAGUCAGCUUUGGUACGAACGAAGACUACAGGCAUCUCACCGACCCCAGUAUACACUUUGCCAACAAGCUCGAGAACUACCAAAAGACCAAACAAGGUCUCACAGACUAUGUGGGUGCCAGAGCACUGGUAGCCAUCACCGAGAUCAAGCAGACCAAGCAGAUGAGCGAUCUGCUCAUGGAGCCUGGCCACAUCGUCACGGAGAUUCUCUAUGCCGUGUGGAGCGAUUCAUACACGCGUCCACGCCCUGUGAUGAAGUCCCACUUUGCCUCAUCGAGGGAGGUGGAGCUGUACGAGACCUAUCUGAUCGAGAUGAUCAAGCGUGUGUGGGACGACUACCCCAACAUCAAGACCAGGAGAAUUGACGCCAUCGUGUCUAAGUCCAAGGUGCUGCACAGCAUCAUCAGGGUGCGUGGCGAGUACACCAAGCACUUCUUCUCGCCCUUCUACGACUAUGAGUUCAUCCACGACGCGUUGACCAAGGCCAACAGCCCACUGUUGUUGUUCUUCUCGACCAACAUCUCGGUCAUCUGCAUCUCCAAGUACUUUAGCCACCUCGUCCAGUUCCUGCACCUGUUCUUCAAUCACUUUGCCCGUCGUCUGCCCGCUGACUACCAGCAUCAAACCGUACCCAAGUGUAUCGAGUACCUGGCUGCGGGCCACUUUGAGACGGAGGCCACCAUCCUAACGAUUAACACUGCAUGGAAGGACCUCAAGAGCUCAUGGGCUAAGAUCCUUGAGCACCUCAACAUCAUGGAGGGCGGCUGUCGCGAGCGUCCCGCCUACGAGAAGGUGCUGCAAGAGAUCACCGAUGAGAUGCCAUUGUCCAACCUGCUCCACAACAGGGAUCUGGGCGAGGGUCUGAUCAUCAACCUCGUCAACAGUUGGAUGGACAACACACAGUCCAAGGCCAUAAAGCAUCGUGACGAGAUCAAGCCACGACUCAGUCCACUUCUCAGCAAGGUGACCGAAGGCAACACCAACAUGAAUGAGAUCGAUAUCGGUAACAUCACCUUUAGCCCUGGCGAGAACUUCUACUUGGUGGGCUCCAACUACACCGUGGACGACUACAGACGCUUCAUCUACAAGUCCAUCGCACAGUUCCAGACGUUCACACGUGACAAGUUCGUGCCAAUGUUUGACAACAUCGAGUCCAACCUGGCUUACCAGUUUGUCUCGGGCAAGAUCGAGGGAGGCAAGCAGUUACAGCAGUACAUUGUCGACUUCCCAUUCCUUGACAAGACAGCGUCCAAGAAGAUGACAGCUGCUAUCAGCAACAACAAUGAUGUGGAGAUGUCCGAUGCAUCGAUCAAGGCCCCACUGGUACCAUCACUCAUCCCCGAGUCAGUGCGCGAUCUCCUCAACAUUCGUGAGAAACUCGACGACAAGUUCGCUCUUGAUCUUCCAGAUGGCGUGCGCAUCCCCUUGGAGAACAAGUGCAACUCCAAGCUGCACCCCGAGGAGCUGGAGACUCUGUGCCGAUUCUUCACGUCGCUCAUUGCCAGGAUGAUCAACCAUACUCAACAGCUGGGCGAGCAAGACAACAUUAACAAGUCCGUCAUGGAGGUGUGCGCCGGCUUUGGCAUGGACACUCAGUUGCCGCACAAGAUCAACCAGGAUCUGUCCAAGGUGUCUCUGUUCUGUGUCAAGACAAUCUCCCAGCUCGUCGUCAAUGGCUAUCUCAGGUUUGGACAUCUCUACGCCAACACCAUCCCCGAGCCCGCCCUCCAGGACCAGUCGAUCAUUGAACACCUCGAGACCAACAGCGCCAGACUGCUUGAAGAGGCCACCAAGGACAGCUCUACCAUCCUCAACUGGAUCAACCAUCUGCAAGAGGUCAUCCAGAAGCUGUCCUCCAAGGAGAGCAGAGAGAUACUCAAGCAGACUCAGCCAGACUCGUUGCUCAUUGCACACAUCACUCCACUGCUAGGCACCAUUACCAACCCUCCACCAACGACUGCUGCUCCAUUCCAGUCGCUGAUCAGGGACAAGACACCUGUGGCCUACUAUCCCGUGUUGAUGAGGACCAUGCAUGAGAUUCUCUCGAUGCUCAAGCUGCAGAACCAGGACCUGACCAAGGAGACCUACGUGGAGCCCUACCUCCCACAAGAUUAUGUCGUCCCUCAGGCAGAACAAGCAAACUCUCAACAAGCAUCCAUGGAUGACACCAAGAUGGUCUUGGAUGAUGAGGCUGUGAAGGAGUCUGAUGUUGAACCAGCUUUGGAGAAUGAUGAAGAUGAGGAUGAGGAGAUCGUAGACAAGCAAGGUGAUGGUAUGGUUGUUGGAGAUAAUGACAAUGAUAUCCAGGACCAAGACGACACACACCCCGGAGCUGAGGACUUUGGUGAGAUCAAGACUGAAGCCUUGGUCGUUGAUCAGGACCCAAGCGAGAUCAACCUCAGACCUCUCAAGAUCGUACAGGACCACCCCUACAUCCACUGCUUCCUCAACUGGCUCAGAUACAAGCCCGAGUUCAUCUCCACCGUGGUCGAUGACGAAGACAACGAGUACGCUGAGUUGGCCAAAGAGACCCAUCUGUUCCUCCAGGAGUGCCAGAAGAUCUCAGCAGCCGAGAUCGACAUUGGACCACUGUACCGCAAGUUUGUUGACGUCUUUGAGGACACCCCAUCCAUGGGAGAUUUCUUCAUGCAGUUCCUCAAGGUCAUCUCAGGCUUUGACCCUCGCAACAAGGAUCUCAUCAUUGGAAAGACCCAGGCAGUCUGCUCCAACUGUAACCUUCCAUUCAAGAAGGAGACCACCGAGUCUGAGUUCAUCUUUGAGGACCUCAACAAGGGCAAGGAAGAGGACAUCAGUGUCCGUCUCCAGAACAUCUUUAAGCUCAAGAUGAAGAACAAGAGACAGUGUGCAAGAUGCGCAGGAUCAUUCCCACUUGCAACUGCACUGUUGGAGUCUCCUCAAUAUAUCUUUAUAUCAAUCCAGCGAUUCACCAGUCCAGAGGAGAAGACCUACAACAGGAUCAAAUUCGACAACCAAAUUGACAUCUCCAAGAGCUUCAUCACUGACAAGAGCAUCACAUACACCAUUCACUCCAUUGUGUGCCACGAAGAUGAACCAAACAACCCUGAAGGUGGCAGCUACUCGAUCCACAUCAAGAACACCAAUGAGCAGUACAUUAGAUGCACAAACAGGAACACACUGGUCAACAAGGAUGAGUACCAAGAGACACUCGAGACAAACUGUGUGAUGCUUGUCUACUCCAAGGCAUUCGUGGCGUUGGACAAUGAUUCGUUCCUCAAGUGGAUCACCAACUUGGCAGAGAUAGACAAUAUCGAGACCAGAUCGAUGAUUGCCAAGAUCCUUAAUGCGAAUGGCAUUGACACCUUCCGUAUUGCCAUUGCUCUCCACUCUGACCUCAGAGAGAUGCUCCAGCCACAUGUCACACCAGAUACCAUCGACAUCUUCAUUGGACAGCUGGAAAUGGUCAAGAACAAGAACCCAUCACUGUGCAACACCGUCGCUCAAACACUAGAGGACGACCGCUUCCUUGAUUGGGUCAAGACCAUCGGUAUCAACACCAAGUCAGUUGACACUGUCAUUGACAAGCUCUCCACCAAUGAUGUCCGAACAUUCUCUGCUGCCAACACCAUCGACAUCAAGUCUUUUGUGGAAGAGAUAGGUCUUACAUCCACCUGUUCCAAGUUCCUUGCCCUCUCCCUGCAAGACCUUCACAUCAAUCAAUAA